CCAGCGCCAAUAGAAACCUAUUGAAGAGUAAUCUGAGCCCGGAGAAAUUCACUGCUGCGGUGCAGGCUGCAGCCCUGAGGCUGGGGCUGCCGUCGGGAAGGGUGCUGGGGGCGCGUGUCGGGGGGCAGGGAGCCAUGCAGUCCCAGCCCCCGGCCUCGGCCCCGGCCCUGGGGGUGAGCGUCCCACUCUACGCGCCCACCCCGCUGCUGCAGCCCGCGCACCCCACACCCUUCUACAUCGAGGACAUCCUGGGCCGGGGGGCCGCCGCGCCCCCCGCGCCACCCUCCCCCUCAGCUGCGCUGUCUCCGGGUUCUCCAUCAUCCUCCUACCGGACCCCCAUCUACGAGCCCACCCCGAUCCACCCGGCCUUCUCCCACCAUCCCGCCGCCGCCCUGGCGGCGUCCUACGGUGGCAGCGCCUACGCCGGCCCCCUGUAUCCUUUCCCCCGGACCGUGAACGACUACACGCACGCCCUGCUCCGGCACGACCCCCUGGGGAAGCCCCUGCUCUGGAGUCCCUUCAUCCAGCGGCCGCUGCACAAGCGGAAAGGGGGGCAAGUGCGCUUCUCCAAUGACCAGACCAUUGAGCUGGAGAAGAAGUUCGAGACCCAAAAGUAUCUCUCGCCGCCGGAAAGAAAGCGCCUGGCCAAGAUGCUCCAGCUCAGCGAGAGGCAGGUCAAAACGUGGUUUCAGAAUCGCAGAGCUAAAUGGAGGCGCCUAAAGCAGGAGAACCCUCAAGGCAGCAAAAAAGAAGAAACUGAAAGUGUGGACAGCCACUGUGAUAAAAGGCAAGAGAGCUGCCUGACCCCAGAGCAGAAGAAUAAAGAAGUCUCUCUCGAUGGGUCUCAGUAUACUCCUUCCCCAGUCUCUCAGGAGGAUGUGGAGUCGGAAAUCUCAGAUGAUUCCGAUCAAGAAGUGGACAUUGAAGGUGAUAAAGGGUAUUAUAAUUCUACCCACUAAUGCUCCACACUUAGAAGGGACCCUAACUCAGCUUGCACUUUAAUAGGAACUGGCUUGUAAAGAAUGUUUUGCUACAGAAGAAAACUUUCACCAUUUAUUUGUUGAAGACAACCCCAUAAACUAGUUUUGUAAAUCUAAAGCCAAACCAUUUUGUGCAGAUAGUUGAUUCAUGGGAAAAUCUUUAUUUUGGAUAAAGGAACAGGUCCUCAUUUUGUAUUUAAUUUGUAAGAUAUAGUUGUACAUUGAUUAAUGUUUUAACUGGAAUAUAAUAAUACUACUUCCUGUCUUUACUGACUUGGGUCUGACCCAGCUCUCUUUGCAGUCAGGCAGAACUCCAAUUUAUUUCAACUGGAAGUCAAUCAGUGUCAACUGCAGGUCUCAGACCUUUGUAUAUACAACUUUUUAGCUUGAAAAAAGAGACUGUUUUUAAGUCUCUUUUCCUCAUAAAGGAAUAUAUUUAAUAAAAUGGAGAGGGAUUUGAUAAUUCCCAUAAAGUGCCUUAUACCUUCCCUCUCAUGACACACAUGGUGCUUUUCUUCAAGACAUUAUUCUAUUUAUGCUAUGGCCAUUUGUAAAAGCAGAUUGUUAUCUUUAUAUUACACACAGUAUAUAUAUCCUUUUGAUUCUGGGGCCCAUGGAGAUGUUGCCUUGAAAUCUGUCUGAUUCUGUUGAUAGAAAUACUUUUGAUUAAAAUCUAUCAAGCUGGUUUCGCCUGAUUUAUAAUUUACUCCAUCUGAUUCACAAGAAAAUGUGACAAGUGAUAGGGUCCUACUACUGGAGAAAAACUGACAUCAGCUGCUGGAUGGUAAGGUAGGCAUACAUUAGCAGUGGGAAAUUAAUACCUGUUGUAUACAUACCUGUCUCUGUAUAUAUUCCUUUGCUUUAGAAGUCUUGCUGUUUUAUACCUCACAUUGUUCAUAUUCUGUACAUAUGUUUGUUUUUUAAAGCCCCAAACUGGUAUUUAAGUUUUUGUUGAAGAACUUGUCUGUGAAAUAAAACUGAACUCUGGACCACC